AUGUUCUCGAUUAAUAUAUUUAUUUUUUCAUUCCUUUUCAUUUAUGUUAAUGGAGCUGGUGAAUUUUGUAUUUUACAAACUCCUGAAUCAAUUUGUUUCUCUGGUCAAGAACAACUUGAUUUGAGUUCCGUGAAAAAUGUCUUGUCUUCAUCCUGUGGCUUCACUGUACCAGAAGGUCCUCGUUGGUCCGGAAUGGUUGUUAAAGAUCCAUUUAAUUUUGCCGAAGGAGUUGUGGUAGUUGCUGUAUCAGGUGUUGCAUCUUUGGACUCUGUGCAAGGACGGACAUAUCCUUUAAAUACUGAUGAAAGUUUAGAAAGCACUUGGCAUGCAAUCUCGAGUCGUAUGGCAGAUAGAUUUCCGACUGCUGAUAACCUGACUCUUAACUAUGUUAAUCUUAAUGAUCCCAGUAAAGCUGUUGAAGUGUAUGGAACUCUUUCUCAAAGAGAUUCUCCAAGUGUGGAAUAUCUCAAAUUAUCCUCCCCUGAAGACAAAGCUUUCAUUGAUCAAAUCAAUACAUUAGAUGCCAUCACUUCGAAAAUUGCUGACAAAGGUGUGAAUGUUGAUGGACUUCCAGAUAUUCAUUGGUUUACUGUACCAGGACUUCAUAGUCUUGUAGAUAUGUACGGAAUCACAUCAAAACAAGUUCUCGAAGCUAAAAGGCUCAUCUCUUCUUCUGUUCUCCUCCUAUCAGAAGUAUUUACAACAGCGUAUGAUGAUAAGGUGAUUUUCACUGUAUUAUCUAGUGAUGCCGUUCAUACAAGGAGAUAUCGAAGGCAGGCGGAAGUUUUCACAACUGAAUCUGAAGCAACCAAAUCUUCCACUUCUGAUGCUCCUUUUGUUUCUACUGCUUAUCAACCCCCAUCUACAUCUGCAACUACUCAAGGUCCCUCUCCUACACCUGAUGCUGAUGAUGAUUUUCCAGUUAUGUUUAAUAUUUUCCUAUGGACAACUGUAGCCUUUAUCCUUGUUCUACUUGCUUGCUCAGUCGGCAUCGCCCAAAUGGAUCCUGGAAGAGAUUCAAUUAUUUACAGAAUGACAAGCAACCGAAUGAAGAAGGAUCAGUAA